AUGAAAUAAGCAUAAGGACAAUUUGUUGCCUUAAAGUAGGAGUCAAUUUCACAUGCUUUGGCAAUAAAUUAAGAUAAUAAGCUCUUAUUGGUGUCAGAUGAAUUUAACUUUAAACUUUUUUAUUUUAAAGAUGGAGGAUUAAAAUUUCUCUAAAAUAUUAGAUGCCCAAUUCUCAAAUAGGAAUAUACUAAUACCUUUAAUUAUAUCAAUACACUUAAUUUUUAUAAAAAAAAGUAAAUCUUUAUUUCCGGAUCAGAUACUUUGAUUAAUAAAUGGUCAUAUAACCUUAUAUCAAAUCCUAAAUAUAUUUAAAGAUUAGAAGGCUAAGAAUACAUUUCAAGCCUUGUUAUUCAUCCUUUAAAAGAGAACAUCAUUAUUUCUGGUAGUAAACUGGGCUCAAUUGUUUUUUGGUUUGAUUAACCAAAUUACAAGAGAAAGCCAUUUUUACAGGUUAUUUCUGAGCAUAUCAAAUGUGUUGUUGGAUUAUCAAUUAACAACGAUGGUUCAAAAGUAAUAUCAGCAGGAAAGGAUGGAAUAAUAUUAGUUAUGGAACCAAUUUCCUCAUCAGAGUUCAUUUGGAUAGUUAAAUAAAAAAUCUAGGUUUAAAAACAUGGAUAUCGAAUUUGCUUUAUUAAUAAUGAUUCUUUUACUUUUUAACCUUAUGGAGAAUCUUAAAUUCAUUACUAUAUCCUUGUAAAUGAAUCAUUUAUUAAAGAUAAAGAAUUUUAAAUUUAACUUAACCUUGAAGAUUGCAUGUAUUAUUUCCCCUAGAUAUAUAAUACUUAAAAGAAAAUAUUAUUCAGUAAAUGCGGAAACACCUUAAAUAUCUUAAAACAUUUUGAAUUCCAAACAGAAGAGCAAUACAAAAAAUCAGAAUAGCAAUUUUAAUUAACAUAAGUUAUCGUUUUUAAUGAAGCUUACAAUCCUUGGAUAUUCGGAACAGUCAGUGAAGAUGGAGAGUAUUUGAUUAUUUUUGGAUGGUGUAUCAAAGAACAUUCAAGUAAGAAAAUAUACAAUAAAGAAUUGAAUGUUAUUUUUAAGGAUGAAAAAUUAAUUUUUUCAAAUUUUCUCCAUUUAGGGUAAUCACUUUAUUGUAAUAAAACUAUUUUUAUAUAAACAAAUUAAUUAAAUAAUAAGAAAAUGUAAGCAAUAACCUUUAAGUGA